AAUCUUCGUUGUUCGAGGUUUCUUCGGAAAAUAUUGAGCCAGCGAUUGAACCUGGCACAGAAAUAAGAAAUGAAAGAUGGCGGAUAUUGCAGAAAAGCCGGAUUUUGAAGAGCUUUGCAUAAAAUGCGAACAAAUGGAACUCGACGGUUCUGCUUCAGGGGAAGUUUAUACACAGCUGUUAGCGGUUUAUCUGUUUCAAAAUGAUAUCUGCAAUGCCAAAUUUUUAUGGAAAAGAACACCAGAUGAAAUUAAACUGUCAACUCCAGAGCUUGCAAAACUUUGGAAUGUAGGAUGUCAUAUCUGGAAAAGAGAUUUUGUAGCAGUUUACAAUGCUCUGAAAGAAGAAUGGUCACCUUCUAUCCAGCCAAUCAUUGCAGCAUUAACAGAAAAACUUCAGAAAAGGACAUUUGAUUUAGUAUCCAAUGCAUACACCUCUAUCAGAGCAGAAGACUUGGCUAAACUAAUGGGGAUAACAAGGGAAGCUGCUUUGAGUGCAGCUGUUACCAGUGGAUGGAUUAGUGAUCCAGCCACAGGAAUGAUUACUCCCAAGAAGACAGAGCUUCCACAGAAAGAGAUUCCACUCACAAGUGAACAGGAACUUGCACUAUUGACAGAUUAUGUGUCAUUUUUAGAAAAUUAACUUAAACUUGAAAAGCAGCGAUACAUUUUAAAUAUAACUUGUAUCAUCUGAGAACUAGCAUUCUAAAUGUAAAUAACUUCAUUAAGACCAAAGUUUGUUGUAGUUUACGGACUCAAAGAUGACUUUGUGUCCAGUAAGAAAGUGUAGGAAACAUGCGUACACAUGAAGGUAGCAAUUAUGUCCUUGGUCACUGGAGAGUCUCUGUGUCUCAGUGUUAGAAUGUGGGAGUGUGGGAUUUGCAAAGACCAAAAACAGGAAAAUGAAGAUACACAAGAAAUCAGUCAUACAACAUAAGCCAACUAAAUGAUAGACGAAUCUUAGGCAAUCACCAAUCCGUUACAAAACAAACUAAAUAUGUGGGACACAAGCCGCAAACUUUUUGCUAUUACCAAUUUACAACACUUGCUAUCAACAAUCACCAACAACAUCAAUGGCAAUAAUUUUUGGAGAAAAAAUUGGCCUGUCCAGGAUCAAUUACAAAUAAUUAUUGUGUUGGACUGUUGGGGUGAACUAACUCGAACACCACGAGCAGACGGGAGGCACCAAGAGUCUGAUCAAGAACUGAUUUUUUUAAUGGGCGACUGUCACUCUUUUCUUAAUGACUCUUUCAGCCCGGGCCUUAGUACACUCUUUAAAAUCCUAUUGGUCGGCGUGUGUGGGCUUACCAGACAAGUGACCCUGCCAGAUUAAACGUAUUUUUAGAAC